AUGCCACACAAACGUAAAAGUUCAUCAACUCCACCACAUAUUGCAAAUCUUCCUCAAUAUGCACAUUUAUCACCCAACGAUCUCCCAGAUGAAGAAGCAGUUAAAAAAAGAAGAUUAGAUACCAAAUGCAAACUGUUACUAAAUGUUCCAUCAUCUACUACUACAUCUGCAAUAUCAACUUCAACAACAUUUUUGGCAACAACCUCAGCAACAACUUUAGCAACAACUUUAGCAACAACCUCAGCAACAACCUUAGCAACAACCUCAGCAACAACCUUAGCAACAACCUUAGCAACAACCUCAGCAACAAUCUCAACAGCCUUAGCAACAGCCUCAGCAACAACCUCAGCAACAACCUUAGCAGCAACCCUAGUAACAGCAAGUUUGGAAUCAGUAUCAGCAUCAGCAGCAAAUUCAACUCAACAAGCAACACAAUCUCAAAAUAUUUGGAAAUCUAAAACAUUAGGAUUUUGUUGUAAAAAUAGCAAGAUUCAAUUAGCAUUGCUUGAACCUCCUCCACCAGCUAUUUUACAGUUAUUAACUAAAUUAGAUAUUAAUACUGGUAAGAGAUAUGUUCAAAAAAUACGAUCUUAUAAUUUUGCAUUUGCUUUUACAUUUUUGGGUGUAAAUCAAAAUACAAGUAUUUUAGAACCUGAUAAACCUUGGGUUUUUAAAAUUUCUGGAGCUUUAUAUCAUAAUAUAGCUCUUUAA